GAGACAUGCGCCUUCCUUCUGCGCGAGGGUAAGGUGGAUCCGAAUCCCUUGGACAGAUUUCUUCAUACUCCCCUGGAUGAUGCAAUCCGGCACGGUCACAAGGCCACGCAGCUGCACUCCAAUGUGCAGGGCAUACAGCCUCGAUGUGCUUUCCUUCAAAGACUCACGAAAGAUGUGGCGGAGCUGCUGAUCAAAUUUAAGGGAAGACCCUCCACCGACGACGAGUACCUCAGCACGGUCCGCGAUGAGUUCUUGAAGCAGAUGGAGGAGGAAAAGGCACGCAAAGACACUGACAAGCUGGACAAGGAGCUGAAGACGCACAAGUUCUCCGAGGUUUUGGAGCGAUUGGCACGGCUCCGUUCUGAUCUAGAGGACGACGUGUACCAAUUCAUGACCUCCGCGGCCAACAUCCGCUACGAGCUGUGCCGCAUCCUCCACAUGAACAUGUUCCUGCAUGAUGAGUCGAGCCGUACCAGGGCUGGCUGGGACAGGUUGACGCAACAGCUUGAUGACCACAGCCUUACGACGCAGAAGCUGGCGGAUCUUUUGGAAAGAGACCUUCGCCAGCUUGAUAGCAGCGCCUCCCGGAUCCUGAAGACGAUCUCCGGCGACGUCUUCCCCUGGCUGAACUCAGCUUGCAACAACUUUCACACCCGUGGUCUGGUGUUGCUCCUCCUACCCAACUUCUCAGACCAUUUGUCGAAGUUGGUGGUCGUGCUGAACCAUGCAACUUGGAGGCAGAGAAACCAAAGCCACAAACCGUAA